ACUCCAGGCCUCUCAAAAUUCUCCGAAAAAGCAAGUACAACACAAUCAAAGUACAAAUCUUUUUAAAAGAUUGGAGUUCUCAAUAGCCAUUGAAAAAACAAAACACACAAAAAAAAAAUGGCUUCUUUUCCCAUCAAUUCUCUACCCAUUUCAGCUUCUCAACCUCGCAAGCUCUCGGAGCCCUCUCAUUCCAAUGGUGGGCUGAAGCCCAUAACAGUUACUGGCAAUCCCCCGACCUUUGUUUCUGCACCUGGACGCAGGAUUGUUGCUGUUGGUGAUCUGCAUGGAGACAUCUCACAAGCAAGGUCUGCACUAGAAAUAGCGGGAGUUUUGAGCUCAGACGGUCACGAUCUGUGGACUGGUGGAGAAACGGUGUUAGUUCAACUUGGAGAUAUUCUUGAUCGAGGUGAAGAUGAAAUAGCUAUCUUGUCUCUAUUACGCUCACUAAAUAUUCAGGCAGAAUCUAGUGGUGGUGCAGUCUUUCAGGUAAAUGGGAACCAUGAAACGAUGAAUGUAGAAGGUGAUUUUAGAUAUGUUGAUCCUGGGUCGUUCGAUGAGUGUAUAGACUUCCUUGAGUAUCUACAAGGAUAUGAAAAUUGGGAAGAGGCCUUUGUUGGAUGGAUUAGUGUUGCUGAAAGGUAUAAAGAAGAUCGAAGAAUGUCCCAAAGUCCUUGGGGUCCUUGGAAUUUAAAGAAGAGGCAGAAGGAGAUUGUAGCUAGAUCAUCACUCUUUAGGCCUGGUGGUCCAAUGGCUUGUGAGUUGGCACGCCAUGGUGUAAUUCUGAAAGUUGGAGAUUGGAUAUUUUGUCAUGGUGGCCUUCUUCCUCAUCAUGUUGCAUAUGGUAUUGAAAGAAUGAACAGAGAGGUUUCAUGUUGGAUGCGAGGAGUCAAUGACGAUAACGAUAUUCCUGAAAUUCCUUUCAUAGCUACUAGAGGUUAUGAUAGUGUAGUUUGGAAUCGUCUUUACUCAAAGGAUUCAGCAAAUGUAGGCUCUCCAUCAUGGAAGAUAUCUUCCAUUGCUGAAAAGACACUACAAUCUGUAGGGGCCAAGGGUAUGGUACUAGGUCAUACUCCACAGCUUAAUGGUGCAAAUUGUAAGUAUAAUGAGAAGAUAUGGUGUAUUGAUGUCGGCAUGUCAAGUGGAGUGCUUAACUCAAGAGCUGAGGUUCUGGAGAUAAUAGAUAAUAAAGCAAGAGUCUUGAGGACUGGAGAUGAUUCGUCAGGUGAAUUAGAAGUUGCAGACUACUUGUAAUGAUCAAAAGGUAAGAAAAUCUUCAAAGUUGCGGACUAGUAGUUUUGGUGGACUGAAGGCCUAAGCUUAGAAGUCCACUCUGCAGAAAUUUUACAGGAACUAUCUUUUAACCAAGUUCAACUUGAGAUUUAUAUAUAGAUAUAUGCAUCAUAUAUAAAGGAAACAAAAAAUAAGUCUCAGUAAUCAGUGAUCAGUGAGAGGAAUUCUUACACCCAAAGAAAAGUGUAUCAACUAUACAGUGCUGGACCAAUAUACAGCAGAUUCAUUUGUAAAGUUAUCAUGUAUACAAAUAAUUAUUAUACAAAAAGGGUGUGCUGUUUAUAGGUUCUGUAGUUUUGUUGCCUCAGGAAUAAUUAGUACUAUAUAUUAAGCACUUCCAUGCCUGUGCAGAAGCAUUAUCCUAAAUAUUACUGAAAUUUCUAGGACAAAAACUAUCCUGCA